ACAUCAACUUCAACACUGACUGGCUUUUCUUCCACAAUCUUGACUUCACAAUAGCCACCAUUCAGUGCAUUGUGGUGUCUGGGGCCUGGCUUUUCUUUUGUCUGCAUGUGUAUGUUGUGUUUGUUUAUCUAAAGUUGAGGCUGAAUUAGGAUUCAAAGCACACAGAUGAUGGACAGUGAUUGGAUGAGUUGUUCUCUUUGGAUUCUUUAGUCGGGGGAUAUUUACAGCUUUGGAUUAACUUCUUUUAUAAAGCUCUUCUGCCCCUGAAGUAUCAAACCAGAGGCCCUGAAAAUACGAGACUAGGACAGUCCCAGGGAACAGGUUGGGAAGUGAGUUCAGAGCAUUUAAAGAGACUUUCUGCAGCAGGUGUCUCAGUCCAUCUCCAAACCAACACUUCUACCAUUAGACUGGUUCAAAGCACAAUGAAAGGCACCAGAACUUCUCUGAGGCUGUUCCUGCUACUCAACCAACUGCUGUUCUGUCCCACUGAUGCAGGCCAAGGCCUUUCAACCAUGCAGAUGAGCACAUACAAAAUAAAGGAUCAAGGUAACAGUUCACCCUCUGCCAUGGAGCCCAGCCCCACUACCACUGACACGCACACCAAUGGCACUUGUGCUGACUGUUUGAUUGACAUUGAGAUGGGUCUGAUUGCCAUAAGUUCAGCAGGGGGGCUGAUUGUCUGCCUCCUGGUUGCCACCGUGGUAUUGGCAUGCCAGGUCUGCCACAUUCAGCGCAGGGUUUAUCCCCCUCGAACGUCACAGUCCAACAUGGACCUGAUGAACAGAGCAAGCUACUGGGGCACAGACCAGCCAGAUGACAGAGGAGUGGUUGGGCCAUGUGACACGACUGUCAUACUUGAAGAGGAGAGAGCAGAGAGCAAGAUGGAGGAAGAGAUGCAGGUUGAAAUAGAAGAGGCAAAUGAAGAGGCUGGGAAAAGACUUGAGGAAGGGGCAACGGCAAUGGCUUUUGACCCAGAAGAGAAGGCCAGUGAUAUUCAGAACUACAGGUCCAGGGACUCCUGUAUUGAGAGUCCCAGGGAUCUAGAGGACAUGCCCCUUGUUGUGUAAGAAGAAAAAAAUCCAGCCUUAGACACUCAAAACAUUAACCAGCCAGUUCAGCUCAUGUGUUGAGGUUUAAUUGAGCAUCAUUCACAUUUUAACAAUUUAUUUUACAACUUUAGUAAAAUGUUUGAAAUUUUGAAUACCUGUGCUGAUACAAAACCUGAGUUGUGGUACCGAUAGCAAAAAAUAUAUAUUCUUUGAAAUGUUUUAAGAAAAAUUCAAGAAAUCCUUAUUUCAUUCAAGAGGCAGAAGUUCUGAAAUGUAAUAUACUUGUUUUAUACUUUGUAAAGUGUAAAAUUGGCAAAAUGUGGGUUCUUUAUCAGGAAGUUUACAAAUCUGAUAAUGCAUCCAGAUAUUUGGAUAUUUAAUACUAGACAGUAUUGUGGUUACAAUAUUGAGGUUCAAUACCCAGUUCUAAUAAUGUGUAUACAUUUUGAUGUGUUAUUUUAACAUAAAUUGUUCUAAAUAAUGGUAAUCUAUUUGGAAUUACAAAUACUUCAGUUGGAAUAAGGAAAUGAGUAUUUGCAAUAUAAAGUGUUGCUGAGUUUAAUUUGUGGACAAGUGUUAGGUCAAAAGUAAUGCAAAAGCCAGCUUCAACUCUAAACAAAUAUUUUUUUAAAAAGUGAAUGGUACAUCAAUUCUUAUGUUUUACAAAGUAACUGAGUGGACACGAUAAUUUCAGAAACACACAAAAUGUACUGCAACAAGUACAUCAAAAACUUUUAAAGUAUCGAAGUGAUCCUGAGUUCUCUGCCGCAAUGCAACCUUGUGUGCUACUACAGCCACGUUGAAAUGAUAGUCAGAAAGUUGGGCUCAAUGUCUGCUAACAGUUGUUGUAUUAAUGAAUCUCUGUUGAACUUAGCUUCUGUCACUUCAGCUAUCUAUGACUUAAUACCUGUAAUACUUCUGCUCUUUUAAAACCAUUAUGCACAUGAAAAAAGCAUUAAUUUAAAAAUUCCUGAUUUUAAAUAAAAAGAUUUUUUGCAUUA